AUCCCUUAUGCGGAGACGUCAUUGGUGGAUGCGGGGGACGGGUCCCGCCCCCCCUGGGUCGUUGUGAGUGGCCAGUCUGCGGGGGUCGACAGGAUGGACUAACGGGACAUGCGGACCAGCUGGAUUCUCCUGAUAUCUGAAGUGCCGACGGAGCCAGGCGUGUGCGUGGUCCUGUGUGUGUAGUCGUGUGCAGGCGUGUGUGGCUCGGCAGCAUGCCGCUGGUGAAGAGGAACAUCGAGCCGCGGCACCUCUGCCGCGGGGAGCUGCCCGACGGCAUCGGCAGCGAGCUGGAGUGUGUGAUGAACAACACGCUGUCCGCCAUCAUCCGCCAGCUCAGCAGUCUCAGUAAGCAUGCGGAGGACAUCUUCGGGGAGCUCUUCAACGAGGCCAACACCUUCUACGUGCGAGCCAGCUCCCUGCAGGACCGCAUCGACCGCCUGGCCGUCAAGGUGACGCAGCUGGACUCCACCGUGGAGGAAGUGUCUCUGCAGGACAUCAACAUGAGGAAGGCCUUUAAGAGCUCCACCACCCAGGACCAGCAGGUGGUGUCCAAGAGCAGCGUGCCAAACCCAGUGGUGGAGAUGUACAACCUGAGCGACGAGCCGCCGCCCCUCAACAUCCUGUCCUCCUACCGGGACGACAACAAGGAGGGUCUGAAGUUCUACACGGACCCGUCGUACUUCUUCCACCUGUGGAAGGAGACCAUGCUGCAGGACACGGAGGACAAGAGGAAGGAGAAGCGCAAGCAGAAGGAGCAGCGGCGCUGUGUGGACGGCACGCUGCAGCGCGAGGUGAAGAAGGUCCGCAAGGCCCGCAACCGCCGGCAGGAGUGGAACAUGAUGGCCCUGGACAAAGAGCUGCGGCCGGACCACCGGCACACCAUCCACAGGGACCGCGGGACGUCCUCCGAGGGGUCCAUGUCCCCAGAGAACAGGGCCCUCGGCGGGGAGCCCUUCCUGUACCCCAACGCCAUGAACCACGCGGCCCACGCCCACACCUACUCGGGCCCGCCCCCCAGCCUCCUGGCGGCCCAGAUGGCCGCGGGCCACGCCCCUCUAGGUGGGGACCAUGACUACCGGGCCAGGGGCAUGGCCUACCAGGGAGGGACACUGGGGCGGCCCCACCAUCACCCUCAAGCCCCGCCCCUUCCCCCACCCGCGGAAGCCAUGAAUGGGGGCCCGAUGUCCCUCCCCCCAACGGAGUACGGGAUGGACGGCUAUGCCAACACCGGGCCCCCUCCCCCGGCCCCCGCCCCUCUCAUCCCCUCGGCCCAGACAGCGUUUGCAUCGCCCCCCGGGGGUCCGCUCUCCCCCCCGGGGGGGAUGAGUGGGGGCUACGGCUCUCCUCCCCCACUCGGCUCAGGAUCCAUGGGGGCACCGCCUCCACCCGGCCCCCCUCCUCCGCCUCUACCCCCCGGGGUCUCCUCCCACUUCCACAUCACCCCCAAGAUGGCCGCCGCAGCCGCCGCCAGCGAGGCUGAGCCAGUGACUGACGCCCGCAGCGACCUGCUGGCCGCCAUCCGCAUGGGCAUCCAGCUGAAGAAGGUCCAGGAGCAGCAGGAGCAGCAGGCCAAGCGCGAGCCGGUGGGGAACGACGUGGCCACCAUCCUGUCGCGCCGCAUCGCCGUGGAGUACAGCGACUCAGAGGACGACUCGGAGCUGGAGGACAACGACUGGUCCGACUAGGACACACACACACACACACACACACACACACACACACACACACACACACACACACACACACACACACACACACACACACACACACACA